AUGGCUAUUUUACAGACUACCAACGAUAGUACAGCGUGGUCUGCUCCUUUUGUAACAACACAAAGGCCAGAUCAGCUUCGUCAAUCUGAAGAAGAACUUGAGGAGUUUAGAAUUAUUUGGCUCGAUAAUGAUUUAAAUGAUAAGGAGAAGUCUGUUCAUAUUCAGAUUGGUUUACAAACUUAUGUGCAAACUAUUAAUCAAUAUAGAAGCAUUGAACAGUGUUAUAAUGAUAUACGACAAAUGACCAAAGAAAAAAUAUUUUUAAUCAUAUCGGGUUUUCUACCGCCAGAGAAAUAUUUGUCCGAUAUUAAUAGAUUGCAACAAGUUCUUUGUGUCUAUUUAUUUAACUCAUCCAGUGAAGAGUUCCCAUGGAUCAAACAAUAUAGAAAAUUAUCAGAAAUUGACAAUAUUUCGUGUUUAGAUGAACGAAUAAGGGACGAUGUUGGAAAAUAUUCUAAUCUAUUUAAAAGUUUAGAGAUAGAUGCAACAAAAAAGCCAAUGAAAAAUUUAAAUAUAGAGAGUCGUUUAUUUAUUUUGCAUCAAUUGUUAACUGAAGUGUUACUUCGAUUACCAAAAACAGAACAAAGUAAAACAGAUUUUAUUGAAUUUUGUAGAGGUUAUUUUCAAAAUAAUCAAUUUAUGCUCCAAAAAGUUGAACUUGUUGACAAUACAUAUCCUCAUGUAACGCCUAUUGAAUGGUACACUAGUCCCUUAUUUCUUUUAUCCUCUGUAGUAAAUAAAACAUGCCGUACAGAAAAUAUUCGACUCAUGUUCAAAGUACGAAUAUUUAUGCGUGAUCUAUACGAUCAAUUAAAAGGAUUACAUCAGCAAAUGGUAGAUACGAUAACAUCGCCGCUCACUGUGUUCAGAGGUAUGAUAAUGAUGGAAGAAGAACUUAAAAAGUUACAAAAUAAUAUCGGUGGUUUUGUAUUAACAAAUUCAUUCUUGUCAACAACACAUGAACGAGAUGUUGCCAUAGCAUUUUCUGGUGAAGGAAAGGUUCCACUUGGAUACGUCUCUGUUGUAUUUAAAAUCGAAAUUGAUGCUGAACGAAACAAAUCGAAACCGUUUGGUUAUCUAAGAGAAGAAACUGCAAACAAAGACGAGGAUGAAAUUCUCUUAUCAAUAGGCAUGAUAUUUAAAUGUACAGCAUAUCGGUACGAACAGGUAAUAUUAACACACAAGGUUUCAAAUUUUUGUGAAAGCAUAUUUUUUCACAUGAAUGAAUCGUAAAAAGCAUGUACAAUGGGUGAAGAGUAUUAUCUGAGAAAAGCAGGCAAUUCUCGAAAAGAUUUUCUCAGAAAUCGGUUUUUCAGAAAUUUAUUUAAAUAAACGAAAAGAAGCUUUGUCGAAUCACACGAAAGAAUAGAAUAAACAAAUCUCGUUAAAAUGAGACAUCUGAGAGCUCCACACGAUGCCUCAUGUAGGAGAGAUGAACUUUUUAAUUUUUUUCACCUUUUGCGUAUACUGGAAUCAAAAAAAAUCAAAAAUAAAUUAAUCACGAAAUGCAUACAUGUCUUCUGAAUGAAGUAUCCUGUAGAGGUCGGAAAUUUUAAAGAGAAUUGUUUAUUCUGUCUUUUCCAGUGCUUCGAAGAAAGGUGCACAGGUCGAUUAUAGGAAACAUUCUUAAACCCUAAAUUUUAAUCAUAAACUACUAUCCAUACCAAAAUACAGUGCCGGGUGCCACUUUUUGAAUAACUUUGAUAGGAAUGAGAUAGAGACCUGCGGUUUUCGCUGUUCAAUAGCCAAGACUUGAGUAGAACUUUUCACAAGCGGAAGCAACUUUUGAAAAAAUUCCAGAGACCGGGUUUCCAGAGGAUCUUUGGAAAGCCAGCUCCGUUGUCAGAAAGCUAACAUACAAUGUUAGUAACUUUUUUGCAUGCGUAGAUAGUCCGGACGUUACUCUACAAAAUUAUGCAAGU